UUAGUAGGUAUUUGAGUUCUUUUAAACACUCUAUUAUUAUAUUGAUAAGGUGAUUAGAAAUAAUGUAACAAAAAUGUCCUCUACUGUAAGAAUAUUAAUACCAAUUUUACCACUAGAUUCCAAAGAAAUCUUUUUCAAAGGAUAUGUUACUUCUUAUAAUGAUAAUAAUGUAACUAUUUACAUAACGAAAUAUGCUAAUGGUGAUAAUGUGUGGUCUGCGAAACAACGAGAAAACGAAAUAUAUGGAUAUUGCGGCGAAUACUUGCCGAAAAAAGUUGCAAGUAGAUUUUCAAAUUUUCUCGACAUAGAGCAAAAUACAACACUGAAAAUUCACAAAUUACAAUUACAUGGAAAGCAAGUCACCACUACUACUAGUUGUAUUCUUAUGUUGUACGAUUAUAACAGUAUUAAAGACUCCCAAGCAAUAACCGAUUCAAAUAGUUAUUUUACAAAAUUAGUUAAUUUAAUACAAGAAGAACAUGGUAUAGUAGUUGAUAAGGAUGAUACAAAUUUUAGUAACCAGCAAUGGCUAGCUUCUUCAAUGUUUCUGCAACAUGUUUGUAAUUAUUGGAGAUUAAUUAAAUGGCUAAUAUCAACUCUCCGAAGAGAUAAAAAAGUGGCUGUGAAACAAGGUAAUUUAGUUCUAGCUAUAGCUAUGGACAUUAUGUUGGGAUACAUUGCCCUGCAAUGGUUAUCACAAGACAAAAGAGAUAUUAGCAUAGGACUCAUGGGAGUUUUAGAGAAAUUAAUUAACUCUCUUUACUCUCUACUAAAAUGGCUUAUGGGUGCUCCAGUGGGAUUGAAACUAAAUAAUGCAUUCAAUAAAAUGUUGGGAAAAUAUUUUUCUUAUCAUGUGCAGCUAUGGUGGUUGUUUCUAGAUGUGUCUGGAGAGAAACUGUAUAUUAUACUAGACAUAUACCACUACAUAGGAUAUUUAGGUUUCACAUUUCAAACUGCUAUAGUGUCUGACCUAAUAUGUAUUGCCACAUUUCAUUCAUAUUGCAUUUAUGUGUAUGCAGCUAGGCUAUUUAAUAUACAGAUAUCUGGACUAAUUGCAUUACUCAGGCUGUUUGUUGGAAGAAAGUACAAUCCACUACGAGGUGGUAUUGACUCCUGUGAAUACACAAACCAGGAACUUUUCGUAGGCACUGUGGCAUUUACUAUAUUGUUACUAUUAUUGCCUACCACAACACUUUAUUACAUAGUAUUUACCAUGUUUCGAGUAUUAUCUCUCAUUGUGCAGCAUUUAUUAGCUAAAAUAAUCUAUGCAAUACAGACAUUACCACUGUAUGUAGUGACCCUAUGGGUGACUAAUUCUCCAAAAGUAAUAGGUACAAUUCUCAUAGAAGUAAUAAACCAAGCAGAGAAUUCUCCUUUGGUACUCCGAAUACAAUUACUCAAAAAAUCGAUUCCAGAAUUGUUAAAAAUAUUCAAACCACCGACUGAUAUUCUUAACAAAGUCGAAUGGGGCAACCUACUCUCUAAUGUGCUUGUUGGGAAACAAAUUGUUUAAUAGUGUAUUAUUAAAUCUACAUAAAUUAAAAUGAAUUUCUGUUCGUUAGUCUCGCUAGAACUCGAGACCAGCAAGCGAUGUAGAUAAUUUUGGUCCUAAGAUGUUCGGGGAGGUCCAGGGGAAGGUAUAAGUGAGAAAAAAAUGUUUAUUUUGUGUAAAAAGGUAUCAGUAUUGUGUAGGUCGUUAUUUUAUUAUAAGGAAGGGGAAAGAAAAGAAAGUGUUCCGUUUUGACGUACUUUAUUAUCGUUCCAUAUUUUAUAUUGCGUAAAAAAUAAAAAGUUGAUUGGUCACCACACGCGUGAACGUAUAAAUGCUAAAUACUUAAAACUAUUUGCAGCAAACUGGGCAAAUAUAUUUGAGUAACAUUACGCAAUUAACAAACCAUUGUUACGACCAACUGAAUCAGACGCCUUAGUACGAGUUUGUUUUACGUUUAAAGUAAUCGUAACGAGUACGCGUUCGGCGCAGUGAUUGGUUGCUUCAU